AUGCCACGUCCUUCUCGUACAGGUAAACUUGUAUUUGACCCAGAGAUCGAGAAAACCGCUCGUACACUCCGAAAAGAAACCAAGCAACACAAGGAAGAGGCUUCUACUUCUUCCUUACCAGCAACAGAUUUUGAGUUAGACGUGUCCACGUCUAACAACUUUAAAGACGAAGUCAUGGCCCACAAUCCCGAACGAACGAUCAAAGAGUUGACUUCGCUCGACUUAAAUCAACAACCACUCUGCAUUGAAUAUCCUAAUUUAAAUGUUGAUUUUGAACUUAAAUCCGGUCUCGUCCACUUACAUCCCAUUUUUCGUGGCCUUGCAGGUGAAGAUCCACACAAACACCUCAAGGAAUUUCAUGUGGUGUGUUCCAGCAUGAGACCUCAAGGAGUCACUGAAGAACAAGUCAAGUUAAGGGCCUUUCCAUUCACAUUGGGCGACAAAGCAAAAGAUUGGUUCUACUCCUUACCUUCGGGAUCUAUUAUUAGUUGGAACGAGCUCAAGAAACAAUUUCUUGAGAACUACUUCCCCGCUUCAAAGACUACGAACAUCCGAAAGGAAAUAAGUGGAAUACGCCAAUUCUCUAGUGAAAGUUUCUAUGAGUAUUGGGGGAGAUUCAAGCAAUUGGUGGAGAGUUGCCCUCAUCACCAAAAUCCCGACCAUUUUCUAAUUCAAUAUUUUUAUGAAGGGUUGUCUGAGGCAAACAGAAGCUUGGUGGAUGCAGCUAGUGGAGGUGCUUUGUAUGACAAAACUCCUACUGAAGCACGCAAGCUAAUCACAACCAUGGCGGCUAAUAAUCAACAAUUCGGUAGUAGAAACGACAAUCCCCCACGAAGGAUAAACGAGGUAAGUACUUUUAUUGAUGAACGUUUAGAUAAACUUACUUCUCUUAUUGAAAAGUUUAUAGGGGGAGGCAUUCAACAAGUCAAGACUUGUGGGAUAUGUACAUCUUUGGGUCAUUGCACCGACGCUUGUCCUACACUUCAAGAAGAAUCAACCGAACAUGCUAACGCCGUUGGUGGAAUUUUUGGGCAACAACAAAGGAGACACGACCCAUUUUCCAAUACCUAUAACCCUGGAUGGAGAGAUCACCCAAAUUUGAGGUAUGAAAAUCAACCUCAAAACUUUCAAAGAGUUCCACACCAACAACCACCACCACCACCUCAAACCAAUCCCAAUAAUAGUAUGUCCCUAGAGGAUAUCGUGAAGACACUCGCCUUGAACACCCAACAGUUCCAACAAGAAACCCGCUCGAGCAUACAAAAUUUGAAAUCCCAAAUGAGCCAACUGGCCUCCUCCGUCAGCCGCUUGGAGUCUCAAGAUAAGUUUUCCUCCCAAACUAUUAUUAAUCCUAACCAAAACGUUAGUGCUAUUACCUUGUGCAGAGAGCUACAACUCAAAAAUAGCACUAGGCGUAGGCAUGCACAGCAGGACAAAACAGAGGAUGCACUCGAAAUUCUUCCAAAAACAAGCUGA